AUGGAGGGGCAGAUCCUGAGGGGACCCGAGCUCCGCCCGGCGGGGCUUCCCGCUCAGCAGGACUGCAGCAUUCAAGAAAAAAUACAUUUAGAAAUUCGAAUACGAGAAGGGGUAUGGAAACUCCUUUCUCUGAGCACUCAGAAAGACCAGAUUUUGCAUGCAGUUAAGAAUCUCAUGGUGUGCAGUGCUCGAAUAAUGGCUUACACGUUGGAGCUGCAGAAAUUAGAAGAUCAGAUUGCAAAUCAAAUUGGAAGAUGUGAUGUGAAUUUCGAAAGUAAAGCACGAACAGCAUGUAAGGGAAGGAUUGCCAUAUCAGAUAUUCGUAUACCACUAAUGUGGAAAGACUCUGAUCACUUCAGCAAUAAAGAACGAUCACAGCGCUAUGCCAUUUUUUGUUUAUUCAAAAUGGGAGCUGAGGUUUUUGAUACUGACAUGGUGAUUGUGGAUAAAACAAUCACAGAUAUAUGUUUUGAAAAUGUGACCAUAUUUAAUGAAGCAGGGCCAGACUUUCAGAUAAAGGUGGAAGUAUAUAGUUGCUGUACAGAAGAGUCUUCUAUAACCAACACACCAAAAAAAUUAGCUAGGAAACUGAAGACAUCUAUAAGCAAAGCUACAGGGAAGAAAAUAAGUUCAGUGCUUCAAGAAGAUCAUGAAAUGUGCUUGUCCUUCAGUUCUGCUAUUUAUGGUGCAAAGUACAGUUUGCUAGCUCAUACUACCCUGAGCUUGGAAAGUACUGAGGAUAACUUCAAGACCCAUAAUCUGUCUAUUAAUGGGGAUGAAGAGUCUUCGUUUUGGCUUCCCUUAUAUGGUAACAUGUGCUGCCGAUUAGUCGCCCAACCAGCUUGUAUGGCUGAGGAUGCGUUUGCAGGAUUUCUUAAUCAGCAGCAAAUGGUAGAAGGUCUGAUUAGUUGGAGAAGGUUGUAUUGUGUUUUAAGAGGGGGUAAACUCUAUUGUUUUUACACUCCAGAAGAAAUCGAAGGUACAGUGGAACCAGCUUUGGUAGUGUCCAUUAACAAGGAAACCAGAAUUCGGGCAAUGGAUAAGGAUAAAAAGAAAAGAAUCCAUAAUUUCUCUGUCAUCAACCCUGUUGCUGGACAGGCUACAACUCAUAUUUUUGCAGCUGACAACAGAGAAGAUCUUCAGAAGUGGAUGGAAGCCUUCUGGCAGCAUCUCUUUGAUCUUAGCCAAUGGAAGCAUUGUUGUGAAGAACUUAUGAAAAUUGAGAGUAUGUCACCACGGAAACCACCUUUGUUCUUGACAAAAGAGGCAACCUCAGUCUACCAUGAUAUGAGCAUUGAUUCACCUAUAAAACUUGAAAGUUUAACUGAUAUAAUACAAAAAAAAAUUGAACAGACAAAUGGAGAGUUCCUUAUUGGUCAGCAUGAAGAUUCCUCACCACCUCCUUGGGCCACACUCUUUGAUGGUAAUCACCAAGCUGUCAUCAAGAAAAAGGUAUUAUCUCCUGCAAGCAAGCAGUUACAUGAUGGGAAAGGGAAAAAGAGACGAGCUCCCCUUCCUCCUUCUGGUAAAGCUGCAUUCAGCUUAAAAACACAGAGCAACACAGAUCAAUUGGUUAAGGACAACUGGGAAAAAACAAGUGUAUCUCAGACUUCGCCUUUGGAUACCAAAUUAUCAACCCUAAUGCCUCACUUACAGAAACCAAUGGCUGCUCCUCGAAAACUUCUUCCUGCCAGGAAAAAUAGUUUAACUGCUGGUGAGCACACAGACACUAAAACCAAUUGUGAAGGCAAGCCAGUGCCAGCUCCACGGCAGAAAUCUAUCAAAGACAUUUUGGACCCUAGAUCAUGGUUGCAGGCACAUGUGUAG